AUGGCCACGACGACACCCCCUCCCAGACCAUUUGUGAAAGGACCGCUCCAAGUACCUCGACCAGCACCAGUUGCGGCUUCGUACACUCAAGCAACCAGGAUGAGGAGCGAGACCGAAGUCUGGCAACCAGGGAGCAACAAAGUGUUGCAGGUGUCUUCUCAGCAUCCAAAUCUACACAGCACAGCGGGCCAUCAGCCGCAACAACGGAGCGCCCGCGAUAGCUUCGCCCACUCGCCCCGCCAAGCAGUCCCCCAAACCCGGCAGGGAACGAAUGCCGAGUUUCCCUCCGCAUCUCCAAAUCUCCACACCCUCACCGAACCCCGCAUCCACCCUCAUGGAACCAGCCAGACCCGGGUUCGUCAGCAGGCACCAAAAAGAUGA